AUGAGCUGCGAAAGCAACGGACGCUCGUGCCUUCAUUGCUCCGUACAUCGCCAACAGCUUCGAGAUGACGGAGUCCCCAAAAGGUGCCUUUACUACCCCGAAGGCACGUACCCCGUGGUCUUCAAGUGCCAGUUCGUUUACCGGUACGACGGGGAUCCAACCGAGUACACCUCGCACCUGCAGGAUGAGCUGGUCAAAGCACUGGCUGCACAUUUCAAGCGACCCGUCCCUGUAUGCGGCCAUUUCCAGUGCCAUCAAUUUUCAAUGGAGGACGAGCCAUUCCUCUGGAUGAGCUUCUUGGUGGACCUUCCAUUGAAUGCCAAGGUGGAUAAAGAACUCGAGGCCCUGCUUUUCGAAGACCGGACUCCAUCGUUGAGUGACUGGAAGACUAUACUUCCUAAGCAGACAGAUCAUCCGAAUUUGGAGCGCCUCGAGUGGUUCAUGGCGAGGGCUGGUAUAUCCCAUUACAAGGGUUGUUAUGAGGCCAUCCGGAUUAUCCAUGACAACAAUUAG